GCGCUUCCCGGGCUUCCGCCUGCGCGGAAACGCCCCGUGACGUCAUCGAAGCGCGCGGCGCGUCGGGCGGGCGUUCCACUCAUUCCCGGCGCCGCCUGGGGAGGUGCGUCUCCGGCAUGGCUGCGGCCGACCCUUGGGACCCGGCGUCUGCGCCAAACCCUGCGGGGCUCCUGCUGGGCCAUAUCGUAGCGUCGGGGACAGUCACUCAGGAGAUAUUAGAUAUAUCUAAGAAAUCAACUCCUUGCUUUGUGAACUUCUCCAGGCUACAGCAGAUCACAAAUAUUCAAGCUGAAAUCAAUCAGAAAAACCUGGAAAUUGAACUUCUAAAACUAGAAAAAGAUACAGCAGACAUUGUUCAUCCUUCUUUUUUGGCUCAAAAGUGUCAAACUCUGCAAAGCAUGAAUAAUCAUUUGGAAGCAGUGCUAAAAGAGAAGAGGUCCCUCAGGCAAAGACUGUUGAAACCCAUGUGCCAGGAAAACCUGCCUAUUGAAGCAGUUUAUCACAGAUACAUGGUACAUUUGCUGGAGUUGGCAGUGACUUUUAUUGAGAGAUUAGAAACCCAUCUUGAAACAAUUAGAAAUAUUCCUCACUUAAACACAAAUCUAAAGAAAAUGAGCAAGGCUUUAGCCAAGAUGGAUAUUUUGGUCACUGAGACAGAAGAACUGGCAGAGAAUAUACUCAAGUGGCGAGAACAACAAAAGGAAAUUUCUUCUUGUAUCCCAAAAAUAUUAGCUGAAGAAAAUUAUCUUCACAAAUAUAUUAUAACACCAUAACGCCUUCUUUAUCUUUACUUCUAACGUUCAUGUCCAAGCUGUCAAAUGAUACAACUGAUUCAAUUAAGCAAAAAUGAUUUCUUUUUGCUUAAUUGUAUGUAGUCGUGUGAAGUCCAUUUCUAGUCAGUGAUAACAUGGGUAUUUAUAGGCUUUACUGCUAGCAAUACUGAAAGAGCCCUCUCUAUGUCAGAGUACUAAAAUUCCAAGUUCAUUAAGACCAAACUAAAUUUUCCUUUGUAAAAUAAAAAUAAAAAAAAGACCAAACUAAAUUUUCCUUUGUGUGUAUAAUAUGUAUACACACAUAUAUAUUAUUAUUUUUUUUUAUUUAUUUAUUUAUUUAUUUUGGUUAAUCCUCACCUGAGCAUAUUUUUCCAUUGAUUUUUAGUGAGAGUAGAAGGGAGGAGGAGAGACAGAAACAUGGAUGUGAGAGAAACACAUCUAUUGGUUGCCUCCUAUACAUGCCUUAACCAGGGCCGGGGAUCAAGCCUGCAACUGAGGUAUGUGCCCUGGACCAGAAUUGAACCCAGGAUCCUUUAAUCUGCUGGCCAAUGCUCUAUCUACUUUGCCAAACUGGCUAGGGCUCUUUUAUAUAUUUUCAUUCCACUUUUGAAUAAAACUUAUGAAGAUCAAGUAUAACUGUGACAGUUUAUUAACAUGAGCAUAUUAUCCAGAUCUCAGGCAGACUCUAUAUGUCUUUUUUAAAUUCUUGUUUCUGAAUUAGAGGAGUCUUGAAUCUAAAUAUAUGUUGAUUAUUCCUAUGAGAUUGUCACUAAGUGUGCAAAAAAUAGUAACAUACUAUCUUUUGUAAGGCUUGCCUGCAAGGUGGGUCCUUUGCUGGUAUCUGGGAACUUAAAUUUCAAGAGGUUUCCCUCCACUCUCAAUAAUAAUAGUUGUUUUCUGUGAUUAAUCUAUUUGUACAGUGUGGUUUGUGCUGAACACCUGCUUUCCUUCUGGAAGUCUAAAAUUUUGGUACAUGCUAGGCAGAAGGUACUUAUGUGACUAGCCUUCAGAAAUAACUGAGCCUGGCAUCUCUUUCAUAGUAGACAUUCCACAGUGUCACAGCUCAGGUGCUGAAGGAAUUAAGCACAUCCUAUGUAACUUCUACUGGCAGAGGACUCUGGAAGCUAUCUGUGCCUGGUUUACCCAGGCUUUGUCCCGUAUACCUUUUCCCUUUGCUCUUUUGAUUUUAUGUUUUUACUGUAAUAAAUCAUAGCCAUGAAAACAGUGAUAUGCUGAGUCCUGUGAAUCCUCCAAGCAUAUCAUCAAACUCUGACACAUUGAGCAAUUCCUGAGGGUGUUCACUGACAGCCUUAGAAAGAGGCAAAGAAAAAGGCACAUUAUGGUAGAUCUUUUAGAGGUUUACAUUACGAGGUACUCAGAUAUUUUACCUAUCUGAGAUUAUUGUGCAUAUAAAAGGAAGUGGUAUACUAAGAUUUACUAAUACUAAGCCUCAGGAUGUAUCCAUUUGUGUCAAUACUGUAACUAUUCCUGGCUUAUUUUUAGAUGUGGGGUUCUCUUUUGCUUUAAGAAUGUGUGCAUCAGUCCUGGCUGGUGUGGUGCAGUGGGUUGGGCAUCAUCCCACACACCAAAAAGUUGCCAGUUGAUUCCUCGUCUACUUACACUGGGUCGUUAUUUUUAUACUGUUACAUUCUCUGUAUUACGGGGGUUGACCAAUCCUUAUAUUCAUCAUACUCAUCACAGUGGAUGAAUAAAGUAGUUGUUCAUAAGGAAACAUUGCCAAAAUAUAUCCUGCUAAAACAACCAGGGAUCUUUUGAAGCCUACUUUCCUGACUUUUGCAAAUGGGAUAUAAAACAGUGGUCAUAACAUGUUAAACAUCGUCUAGCACAUAAGUAAAACUUUCAGUUGUAUUUCAUCAGAAAUCUGUUCAAGUCUGCUUUUUAUAAUAAUAAAAUAAACUUUUGCAUA